AUUUGAGAGCACUCGCGCACACACUGAGUCGGUAAAAUUCAAUUAGGGUUUCAUUUUCUUCUUCUUCACCCCACUGUCACUGCGCAAACCCAGUUCUCCCCUUACCGUCUCCCUCGCUCCUAAUAUUUUCCCGCCAUUUCCCGCGCUUCGUUUCCAUUGAUUUUGAAUACUAGCCGUUAGAUCUGUCAUUUUUCAUUUUUUUUUUAUUUUUUUUUCCGCUUUUUCGAAAACUUUCGACCGUUGCUCUAGCCGGAGUGAACGGGAAAUGUCUGCAUCUGAAGCGGAGAAGAAGGUGGAGGAAGAGAGGGAGGAGGUCAAAGGGGGAGAGCUCUUGUUCUGCGGUGCCACGUGUUGGGAUAUCAUUGGCCGGCGCAAGGGCGCCGUCGACGGCAACCUUGUCUCUCCCUCGCGCCUCCGUCCUCUUGUCGGUGUUGAUAUUCGUUACGUCGCGUCCGGUUGCGUCUCUUGUCAUUGCGUUGCAUUGGACGUCGAAGGACGAUGCUACACUUGGGGACGGAAUGAGAAAGGGCAACUGGGGCAUGGAGAUACGAUUCAACGUGAUAGACCAACCGUUGUGUCUGAACUUUCUAAGUACAAAAUUGUCAAAGCUGGAUCAGGGAGGAGCCAUACAGUGGUUGUUACGGAGGAUGGAAAUUCCCUGGCCUUUGGAUGGAACAAGCAUGGACAGCUAGGUUCGGGUUCUGUAAGAAAUGAAAUUGAGUCAUCACCUGUUCGCUGUCUUGUGUCUGAAGUAAAACAUACUGCGUGUGGUGGUGACUUCACUGUGUGGUUAUCUUCUGUUGAAGGAGCUUCUAUACUAACUGCAGGGCUUCCACAGUAUGGACAGCUUGGGCAUGGUACAGAUAAUGAGUAUAAUUCCAAAGACAGCUCUGUGAGGUUGGUUUAUGAACCCCAGCCACGCCCUCGAGCAAUUGCUGCUCUUGCUGGGGAAACUGUUGUGAAAGUGGCAUGUGGAACAAAUCAUACAGUGGCGGUGGAUAAGAAUGGCUAUGUCUACACGUGGGGUUUCGGUGGUUACGGAAGGCUAGGACAUAGAGAGCAGAAGGAUGAGUGGGCCCCACGCCGUGUUGAAGUUUUCCAAAACAGAAAUCUUUUACCGCCUGAUGCCAUUAUUUCUGCUGGUUCUGUUAAUUCUUCAUGUACGGCAGGUGGAGGGCAGUUGUACAUGUGGGGAAAAUUAAAGAACACUGGUGACGACUGGAUGUAUCCAAAACCUCUAAUGGAUUUAAGUGGGUGGAAUAUACGAUGCAUGGAUUCAGGCAAUAUGCAUCAUUUUGUUGGGGCUGAUUCCUCUUGCAUAAGUUGGGGACAUGCUCAGAAUGGCGAGCUGGGAUAUGGACCUAGUGGACAGAAGUCUUCAGCUGUACCCAAGAAGGUGGAUAUACUUGAGGGUAUGCAUGUAAUAAGUGUUGCUUGUGGUAUGGGGCAUUCCAUGGUUAUUGUUGAUAGAGCAAAUGUUGCUGAUCGACUUGACCAGCUUGAUAUAUAUGAUGGGAAAGCUGUUGGUGAAGAUAAUGAGGCUGUAAAACCGACUCCACCUCCCAAGCAGGCAGCAAAAAAGGGUGCCAAGGCAGCUGAGAAUUCGAAGAAGAGGAAAAAGUCGAAAGAUUCAUCGGAGUCAGAAGAUGAAGAGGAAGAGGAUGCUGAGGAAAGUUAUGAUAGCGAGGAUGAUGAAACUAAUGGCGAAGCUGAGGUGAAAAGGUCGCGUAGUUCUGGCAAAGGCCGAGGUAAGGCAUCCAAAACGUCCAGUGCCAAGGGAAAGGGCUCGGCUGCAAAAGGAAAAGGUGGUGGCCGAGGACGCGGUGGCACUUCAGCUAAUAAGAACAGUUCUAAAUCCCCUCCGGUGAAAUCUGGUAAGAGAGGAAGGCCCCGUAAGUCAUAACUUAGGUUUUUGGUUGGAAAUUUUGUUCUCUAUGUAACCACUAGAGAAAUGUAGCGUGUAGUUCAUUGGCCGGUGAUUAUACCUAGUGUUUCAGUACUACUCAAAUUUAAUACCGCUAACUAUGCAAAAUUUUUAGAAACACUGGAAUUUUCCGACUGUUUUGGAACCCAAAGGCAAGAAUUGCCCGCUUGUUAUUAUAAUUUUUUUCAAGGUGAUGCUUUUAUUGCUUAAA